GCCAAACUAGCAAUUCGCGUUUCAUUUCCAGAAAACCUACCAACCCAUGGAAUACGUUGCUUUGGUCCAGGGCGCUACAGGCGCUGUCGGCCGCGCUUUAGUGGCCGAGUUGGUGCAAAGCCCAUCUUGCACCAAAGUGAUUGCUCUCACGCGCCGGGAAAUCCCCGACACUCAAUGGGGGGAUGCAUUCCCUUCGAUGGAUGUGGCUGCGGCUCAGAACAAACUGGAAAUUAUCCCAGUGGACUUUGAGGAGAUGAAUCGCGACUGGAAGAAGGUUCCUGUAAGCGUUGACGCUGCAUUCUCGUGUCUGGGAACGACCCGCAAAGAUGCGGGUUCAGCUGAAGCUUUUCGCAAAGUGGAUUUGGAGUAUGUGACCAAGUUUGCCGAGUUGGCCAAAGAUGCGGGAAUACCGUACUUUGGUCUGCUGACAGCCAGUAAUGCAAACAAGGACAGUUGGUUCUUGUAUCCGCAAACAAAGGGCGAAGUGGAGGAAAACGUCAAGGAGCUGCAGUUCGAGCGAACGUCGAUCUUUCGACCGGGGCUUAUUAAUCGUGGCAAGCUUGCACGUACGGUUGAGUCGAUUGCUGGAUAUCUUUUACCAAGCAUUACGACCCGUGCCAUCGCGAAGGGAAUACGAAAGUGGAGACAAGGGACUGAGAGAGUGGAGCAACGCGGAUCUGAAGAAACAUGAGGUUGCAACUGCGGUAACUGAGAAGCAGUCUGAGUUAUAGGCGACAGUGCCAAGAUCAGCAAAACGUUCUUUAAUUUGAUGUGAUUUCAAUACAUAUUGGAUACGUAUGCAUACACGAUCGGAUAUCAAUUAUCAAGCACAGAAUACGACUGCGCGUAUGGUUACAACAAUGAUAUUCUCGCGUCAUCACGACUACUUCUUGUUUUUGGAUAGCACAUGCUAUUCGAAGAGAAUAUGAUC